GCCCAAAAAAUUAAGGUUCUUCCACGAAAAUGAACCCCAAUCAAUAACAACAACUGGGAUAAAGAAUCGCCGAUAAACAAGAAACAAGAAAACAUCACGACGGAGGUGGAGGAGGAAGAAGAAGAAAGAGAGAAAAACACAGUCAUCGAUACUCAGUCCUCCCCUUUUCAAACCCUAAAUUCACCAAUUUUCUGUCUCUACCUAUACGUACAUAUUUGUAUUUCUAUAUACAUAUUGAUAUAUCUAUUCAUGUUGUUGUAAUUUCUGAUCGUUCACAUUUCUUCGUUGUAAUUCCAUUUACCGUAUUGCCCUUCCAAUUCCUCCUAAUUACCAGAUCACACCAGCAGAAAUUGUAGUGUUUCCAAGGGUAAUUUCGUCCAGAUCUAAAACAACUUAAAUACUGACGGGAAAUAUAUAUCUAAUGGAUGACCUGGAUGUGCUGGCUCGAGAUUUUGGAUAUUUAAAUAUACAUAUCAUCAUGUUGUUGUAGUUUUUGAUUUAUUCACAUUUCUUCUAGGUAAUUCGUUUUACCAUAUUACCCUUCCAGUUUUUCCUAAUUUUCAGAUCAUACCAGCAGUAAUUACAAGUGUUUCCAAGGGCAAUUUAGUCCAGAUCUGAAACAACUUGAAUACUGACCGGAAAUGGAUGACCUGGAUGUGCUGGCACGAGAUUUCGGGUUUCGACCCGCCGGAAAAUCAGCUCCGAUGAGAUCCGACGGUGGAGAACAACGUCGAUCCUCAUCCGUCCGAUCAACAUCAACAUCGUCACCAUUAUAUGAUGAUGACUUGUUCGGUGUACCUCCAAAAUACACAAAACCUAGUAACAACAGCAACAGUAAUAAAUCCUCAUCAAUGAAUGAUAUCAAUUACGAUUCAAUUUUCAACAAUAAUAAUAAAACAUCGUCUGUUCCGGUGUAUGAUAAGCCGGUUUACGACGAUGAGGGUGAUAUUUUCGAUGGAUUGCCAGGAUUGAAGAGUAAAUCUGUAUCUGAAAAAUCAUCUGUGAGAUUUGAUGAUGAUGUUUUUGUUGCUACAAUGACUUCACCAUCAGAAACGAAGAUUAAGGACGAGCAUUUUGGUGAUUUGUUGGGGAAUUUGAAGUCGAAUGAGAAGGUAACUGAGUCAAAGAGUAGUUCGAGCUCGAGUGCUAGAGAAUUUGAUGAUUUGUUAGCUGGUUUUGGGAGUAGCACUUCCACCACUAAUAAGAGGUCGUAUACAGAGUCUAGUCAUUACUCCAAACCCACUGGAAAUUCAAAUCGAAGUUCUAGUGUGCUGGAUGACCCUUUUGCAGGCUUAGGGUCAACCUCUAUGCCGGCUUCGUCUUCCCCGGGGGAGUUCAUAGAUCCACUUGAACAGAUUGGUCAGCUUGGUAAAUCUGGAAAUGCAAAAUCUGAAGCUUCAUCGGUUAGUGGAGGAGUUCUUGAUGAUUUAGAUCCACUGAAUGGUUUUAGUAAGUCUGUCCCGCCAUUAUACCCUGCUAGGAAUAACAGAGGGAUGGAAGGGAGCCCUCAAAGGGCAGGGUCAGGAAGAAGUGACACACAAACCUCUACUUCUAGAGAAAACAUUGGAAAAUCUUCUUCUAGAUCUUCUGAUAGCCGCUCAGAGAAAAAGGUGCCCAGGGAUGGUUUUCAGGACUCUCCUCUGUUUGACAUGCCUUCAGCUGAUCCGCUGAGAUCUUUUGGUCAAGCUGGUUCCUCUCCAUAUGCAAGUAACAAUAUUCAUGAAACCAACUUCGAAUCAGAUACGUCCCCAAGAUCGGAGGAACAAAUGCAGCCUUCUGAUGAUGUGUGGCUUAGUGUAUCAGAGAUUCCUCUUUUUACACAACCUACAAGAGCUCCACCUCCAUCACGGCCUCCGCCUCCGAUUCCACAGCGAAAUUUUAAGUCAGAGGCUAGUUCCUUUGCUUCGAAUGCAAGAAAGAAGGGCGACGGAUAUUCUUCUUCUCCAAGUUACAACCAAUACUCUCAAAGUCCUAAGCUUGUUCGUCCUGCAGCCAAGAGCCCUCCAAUUUCUCAGUUGGAUGAACUUGAUGAAUUUGCCAUGGGUAGGUCUCACCAUAGCGUGGAUGAAAGUGCAGACGACGUUUCUGGUGAAGAUAUGAAUGCAAACUCAGUAGCUGCUGCAUCAGCAGCUGCUAUGAAGGAUGCUAUGGAUAGAGCUCAGGCCAAAUUUAGACAUGCUAAGGAAGUUCGAGAAAGAGAAUUUGCAAAGGCAGCUAAGAGUAAGGAGGCUGUAAACCUGGACAGGGAUGAACAAGCCAUGCGUGAAUCACAAGAAAAAGAAUUGAGAGAAAACAAGGAGAGAUUAGAACGUGAGUGUCAACAGAGGGAAAAAGAAGAGGAAGAAAGAGCACAAUGGAAACUUGAGAGGGAGAGGCAGAGAGCUAGAGAGAUAGAAAGAGAUCGGGGUAGGCAAGCUGUAGAAAGGGCUACUAGGGAAGCACGUGAAAGAGCAGGAGCAGAAGCUAGAGACAGAGCUGCUGCUGCUGCUCGUUUAAAAACCGAAAGAGCUUCCGUGGAGAAGGCUUCAGCUGAAGCUCGAGAACGGGCUGAAAGGGCUGCAGUUCAGCGAGCACAAGCGGAAGCCCGUGAAAGAGCUGCAGCAGAAGCUAGAGAAAGAGCAGAAAAGGUAGCUGCAGAAGCAAGGGAAAAAGAAGCACGUGAAAAAGCUUCAGCUGCAAAGGCUGAGGCUGAGGCAAGACGUCGAGCAGAACGAGCUGCAGUAGAAAGGGCUGCUGCAGAAGCUCGUCAGAGAGCUGCGGCAGAGGCUCGAGAAAGGGCAGCUGCUGCUGCAAGGAUGAACCAACAAAAAAACGAUGAUGAUCUCGAAUCCUUUUUCAAUAUGGGUUCCAGAGCCAACAGUGCUCCUAAGGCAAGAGCAAGUUCUUCUGAGACUUCAUCUGCUUCACAGUUUCAGAACAAAGCAGGUGCUGGAGGGCCAAAGCCAACAUUUUCAUCUACCACAACCUCCUCCAACAGGACAAAGGCAUCUUCAACCACAAGUUUUGUUGAUGAUCUCUCUUCAAUUUUUGGAGCUGCCACGUCAUCUGGAGACUUCCAAGACGUUGAAGGGGAAACCGAAGAAAGAAGAAGAGCUAGAUUAGAACGCCAUCAACGAACUCAGGACCGUGCGGCCAAAGCUUUGGCUGAAAAGAAUCAACGUGACCUUCAAGUUCAGAUGGAGCAGCAAGAAAGAAAUAGAAUUGGUGAGACCCUAGAUAUUGAAAUCAAGCGAUGGGCUGCUGGGAAAGAAGGAAAUCUGCGUGCACUGCUAUCAACUCUGCAAUACGUGCUUUGGCCUGAAUGCGGUUGGCAGCCUGUUUCUUUGACGGAUUUAAUUACUGGUGCUUCUGUGAAAAAGGUAUAUAGAAAAGCUACAUUGUGUAUCCAUCCCGAUAAGGUGCAGCAGAAAGGCGCCACCCUUCAACAGAAAUAUGUUGCUGAGAAGGUGUUUGACAUGCUCAAGGAAGCAUGGAACAAAUUCAAUUCAGAGGAGCUUUUCUAGAUGCUGCACUCAUUCAUUAGCUUUGAGCUACCUUUGGAAUUUUUUUUUAUAAAGAGGUAGGAAUAGUCUCCAAGCAAUGCUUGUGGUGGCUCUGCAUUAUCUUCCCUCAUCAUGUGGCCUUUGCUGGGCCGACGGAAGGGGCCUUUAUAGCAGUGAUGGUAAAGUGCAAUAUAUACUCUGUUGCUGUAAAUUGAUGCGAGUGCCGGAGACAUUUGUGGUGAAUGGCACUUGAAUUGACUGGUUCUGAGAAAUGUCGGGCGUUGUUUAUUAUGUGCAGCAUGAAAGGAGCAUUGUCUCACUGAAUUGUGAAGUUAUACAAAGUGUAUUUUUCGUAUUCAUUUAUGUCAAAAGAUUUUGUUUCUGCAUGAGAAGAACAAAUCUCUCUUCCAUCAUUUUUUGAACUGAUUGUAUUGAGUAUCAGAAUUAUAUUUCUGCACGAUGUGAAAGGUAAAGUUUAAUGUGAACUUUAGUCUUCAGAGGCAAA